AAUACUCAUACCAUUCCCCUUAAUUAGCUGUCACACCCAACCUCAAUUCCUGAACCAUCUAUUCUUUCUCUUUUCUCCAUGGAUCCUGUUGCGAACUUGCCAUCUGCAACACCAGAGAUCAGGGCCACAGAUAUUUGUAGCAUCAAGUCCCUUUCUGAAUCAGCUAAACGCUCAGCCAUCCCUUACACCUACAACUUCCUCGCAGACCCUCGUGAGAGGCAAGUUGCAGAUGAACUCACUGCCCAGAUCCCUAUCAUUGACUUCUCCCUCCUCCUUUCAGACGACCCUCAACUUCAUGCCCAAGGUGUCCAACACCUUCCCAAAGCCUGUGAGCAACGGGGCUUCUUCAUGGUUAUCAACCAUGGCAUACCAGAAAGCUUAACAGAUGAUGUGCUAAGCUUGGCACGGAAAUUCCAUAACUUGUCUGAUGAGGACAAGGCUGAGUCUGUUGACAAGGGGGUGUCAACUCCCAUCAGGUGUGGCACCAGUUUCAACCCCAAGUCCGAGGAUGUUCGCUAUGGGAGAGACUAUCUCAAGGUCAUCACCCCCCCACAGUAGGCCUUCCCCCACAAGCCUCAAGGCUUCCGGUUUGUAAAAAAGCUAGAAAUUCAGAGUCCACACACGCCUAAUAAGUUAUGUUGCGAAGGAGUACUGAUGAGCGCCCAGGAAUGUGGCGACGAAGCUGCUAAUAGGGAUAUCAGGGAGCAUGGGUUUCGAACCGAAUGCCGUAGCCGAGGCCACUGGUUUUGACAGUGGUCUUCAGGUGUCCAUUGCAAGCCUAUACCCACCUUGCCCUCAACCCGAACUGGCUCUGGGCAUGCACCCUCACUCAGAUCAUGGCUUCUUGGUCCUCCACGUUCAGAUUGAAAUCAGUGGCCUUCAGAUCAGCCACAACGGCAAGUGGGUCAAUGUUAGCCCCUUCCCAACUCCAUCCUCGUCAACAUUGCAGAUCAACUUGAGGCCAACCCCAUCUUCACCCCGAGCCAUUUGUUAUGUACAAAAACUCCAUUUUUUUUUGGUUGACCUGGUAAAGGUUAUAUUUUCGUUGACUUAACAACAAAAACACAGUAUUUAUCAAGAAACAUUUUCACAAGCAACUGGUGUGCAGACAAUUUAUGCA